UGAGUCACCGGAACCACGUGUGUCCCUUAAAGUGGGGCCAGGCAAAGAGGAGGGCUCCCCCUGGCCAGGGGCAGAUGGAGGCGCUGGGGGUGGGGAGCGCGGCUCCGUCUCUUCCUUGCGCGCCCGUGACGCCGGAGGAAUUGUCAGGGCAGCGGAGCUCCCCGAGAGCAAAGCCGAAACUCGCCAGCUUGGAGGAAAUUGUUGCAGACAAACCAAAGAAAACGCCAAUUCAGCUGUUGCUUGAAUAUGGCACAAAAGCUCACCUUAAUCCUGAAUAUGAAUUUGAAAAAGCUGAAGGAGAAGUACAUAUGCCGGUCUUCACCUAUAAAGUCACCAUAGGUGACAUCAUUGCAACAGGAGAGGGUCCCAGCAAAAAGACUGCAAAACACAGAGCUGCUGAAGCUGCACUGAGUAUUUUGAGAAGCAGUUCAGAUGUCUGUAUUUCUAUGCCAGACCAUUUAAUCCCUGAACCUCUCAGUCAAGCACAGAAUCAGACCAAUCCGAUUGGAUCAUUGCAAGAGCUGGCUAUGAGGAAUGGUUGGAGGUUACCUAAAUAUUCACUGGCCCAGGAGACUGGGCCGCCUCAUAAGAGAGAGUUUACAGUGACUUGCAGAAUAGAAGCAUUUGUAGAAACAGGUAUGGGAACAUCUAAAAAAUUAGCAAAGCGAAAUGCUGCUGAGAAAUUACUUGAAAAAUUCCAUAGUUUUUCUCAGGAUAAUAUUGCAAUUUCUUUAAGAAAUGAACAAAAUCAUAAUUUGGGAUGCACAUGGGAUAUCCUAAGGAACUCUUCUGGCAAAAAAAUUACUGUGUUGAAGAUAAGUUCCCUCAGUAUUCCCAAUACAGAUUAUAUUCAGCUUCUUGAAGAAAUUGCAGAAGAACAAGGUUUUAAUACAAAAUAUUUGAACAUAGAGGAGUUGAGUGAGAAUGGACAAUUCCAGAGCCUUGUGGAACUUUCAACCAAUCCAAUCAUAGUUUGCCAUGGGACUGGAAUCUCCUGGAGCAAUGCCCACAAUGAUUCGGCUCAUAGUGCACUACAAUAUUUAAAAAUCAUGGCUGGGAGGAAAUAAACUUGAAACGGAGGAAGAACGAAUGUGGGUAUAUUUGUAUACAUCUUUCUGUCUUAGAAUUGAACAAUUUCCAAAUUCUUGCUGUUUUUUUAAAUCACAUUACA